AUGCCAAUCUGCGCUCAACAUUUCAUCGAAGGCUACACCAGAUUUCGUCGUGAAACCAAAGUCAAAGAGGAGCAUAUCGAAGAAAUUAUGAAGAAGAUCAAGGAAUUUGAGAAGAAAAUGGAAGAAGAGGAAAAUGUGAGUUUUCUGGGGAAUUUUCGGGCCGCUUUGGGCUGAAUUUGAAAAAAAAUUGUAGAAAAUUUUUACUGUUUCAAAAUUUUGUUAUGAAAUGUUCUGAUUUUUUAAAUUUUCAAUAGACGUUUAAAUUCUUUUAAGAAAAAUUGCUGUACAAUUUUUCUACCUUUUUAAUAAAAUCCCGGUUGGGUGGUGUCUCGAUGGAAGAAGCAUUUUUCAAUGGGGUCCCCCCUGUUCUCAUUUUUUGGAUGUCUAAAUUUUGGACAUUUCCCAUUUUUGCCCCUUUUUUUCCGAAAUCAUACCUUCGCGAACGUCCAAAAGGAUCCGAUCCUGGACCUUCUGAACAAAAAACACGUGAUCUAACCACUUGACCAUUUCUGACACAAGAAAUGACCAUCAAUUUGCUUAGAAAUGCUCGAUGAAAAAUUUUGACGUGAGAAAUAAAAUAGUCUACCUUUUUUCAGAAAAACAACAAAUUUUUCUCUGGAAGCUUAACAAAUCCAUCAUUAUCGAGAAAAAUUUCAAGAUUUUAGGCUUAAAAUGAUUGAAAUUCAUUUUUUGAGCAUUUAUUGAGCACUGUCUCACGAAAAUGUUUUUUUUUUUUUUUUUUUUUUUUUUUUAAUCAACUAUUGUCCCGCCUGGGUGGCUAACAGCCCCUAUCGAGUACUUUCAAUACAAAAAAUUAAUCGAUGACGUCAUCCAUGGCAAAAUUAGGAAGCCUUCCUGAUUUUGCCACGAAUCAUUUUUUGAUCAAAAAAUUUGAAAAUUUUCAAUGAAUGAAUUCGCGGGCCGAUUUUUUUCAAAAAAAUCGGCCCGAGUUUUUUUUUCAAAAAAAUCGGCCCGAGUUUUUUUUUCAAAAAAAUCGGCCCGAGUUUUUUUUUCCAAAAAUCCGGCUCGAGUUUUUUCAAAAAAAAUCGGCAAUAAUCACAGAAAAAAGUGAAACUGAAAUAAAUGAGAAGACUGUUACGCCUGGGGGCUAACAGCCCCUAGUAAAAUUAAAAUUGAAGUGUCUAUUAAAUUUUUGGAAAACAUUUUUUUGUCCAAAAAAUUUAACGUUUCAAAGAUUUCUUAUAAAAUUUUCUGAAUUUUUGGAUUUUCAAUUUGACGAGUACUGUGAGUAUGUAAAAAUAACUUCAAAAUUUUCAAAAAAAAAAUUGCUGUACAAUUUUUGAAAUUAGAAAAAUCCUAGAAUUUUUUUUCAAAAAUUUUUACUGUUUCAAAAUUUUCUCUUAUUUUUUUUUAAAUUUUCAAUAAACAACCCGAAUAUUGUCCCAAAAAGUUCCAUUAAAACUCAAUUUUCAGAUCGAAAAUGGCCUAGAAAAACGGAUAGAAGAAAUCAAAUCAAAAUCGCAAAAUUCCGUGCUUUCAAUAGGAAAAUUCUCACAAAAAAUCAAUUUUAUUUCCAAAGAAAUUCAACACGAAAAUUAUGGCGCGAAUUUCUUGGAAAACACCUAUAACGAAUUAUAUCUGAACAAAAAAGAAGAUCUUUUGGAAAUUGUUAGAAAUACAUCAGAUGAAAAUGAUUAUGAUCCGAGUCAAGAUCUUGGAAUCGAAAAUUUGAUGAAUGAAGAAGAAGAUGAUGAUGAUGAUUUGGAAGAGGAAUCAGAAGAUCAAGAUGAAGAAUCAUCUGAAGAAGAAGAAGAAUCAGAAGAAUCAGAUGAAAUCGAGAAAUAUAUUCGAGAUAGGCUAAAUCAAGAAUUUUCUGAUGAUUCUAGACAGAUUUUUCCGGAGCGACGAUUUUUGCGAAGAGAAAAUGAUUUCAGAUGA